AAUGACGACACUCUUCCGCUAGUAAUUACGCAGCUUCCGGUUGUGCUGCAGCCAUUUUGUCUGCUCGGGUAAGCCUAACUCUGUCGUUGAUGAACUGCAGUUCCACCCUUAAAAACAAUUUUAAAUGUGGCUGUUUUUUAUAUUUUAAGUUUUAAUUAAUCUGAACAUUGAUUAAAAUUUAUUUCUCUAUUUUCCAUGUCCCAAGAAGGCAUUUCCUUUUAGGAUAAAGUCCUAUUUAAGUAUAAACCGCGCAUAUGCAACGACGACAUGUCGUGUGAAGAAAGCUACUUAGCUAUCGUUCGCUAUCUGACUGAUGAGCAGGAGCCAUACGCCCCGGGAACGCCAGGCAACACCAAAAGGAAAAUACGCAAGGCGGCGGCCUGCUAUGUCGUGAGGAACGGAACUCUAUUUUUUCAACGUCGCCUGAAGGGGCAGAACGAAUUUACAGAGCUUGAAGUGGUGCUGCAAGAAGACCGGAGGAAGGAGCUCAUCAUCCAGGCGCACAUCACGGAAGCGGGAGAGCACCUUAACCAACAAUUCACCUGGGAUUACAUCUCCCAGAAGUACUGGUGGAGAGGUAUCCUGAAGCAAGUUAAAGACCACAUUAAACAGUGUGUCCAAUGUCAGACAAAGCGGAUUGCAGAUGAUGGAAGUCGACUGUUUUCCCAGCCAAAGAGAGCUAAAGGAGGUGUUGUCAUCAAUGAUGAAGAAGAGGAGGAAGAAGAAGAUGACGAAGACAAAGACGAAUCCUUAUUCGGAUUGGAGACAUCUUCUCAUCAAAAAUCCAACAUGUCCAAGCAUGAACUAGUCUUUGUAGACAGCAAGGGCGAGGUGAAUCAGUUUUUGUCCAAACAUAGUCAGACGCUGUUGGACAAACUCAACCAACAACGCCUGAAUAAUCAAUACUGUGACAUCACGCUGCUCAUUGAAGGAGAGGAGUUCCGAGCACACAAAGCUGUUCUGGCAGCAUGCAGCGAAUACUUUCAUGAACUCUUUUUUGAGAAGGGAGCUGCAUCUACACAUGAAGCUGUGGUUGACCUUAGCUGUUUCAGUAAAACCUCUUUCCUGCCACUGCUUGAGUUUGCAUACACUUCCACCCUCACUUUUAAUUUCUGCGUCAUGGCAGAUAUUGCCACCCUUGCCCGACAUUUGCUGAUGACCGAGGUUCUGCAGAUAUGUGAGUCUGUGCACAAGCAAGUGGAAGAACAAAAGUUGACAGUGUAUCAAAAAGGGGACGUGCACACUGUAGUGUCAACCCACAUGUCCUCCCAGGACGAAGUUAAGAAUGAGUCUGGGGAAUACAUGGUGGCAAUACAUAGUGACGGCAGCAACGUGCUGACCCAGAGUGCUGCAGUGGUAGCGGGUGAAGCCUUGGCUUUUGUUGAAUCUUCGGGCAAAGGUUUCAUUGAGCAACCGCUUGCAUUUAUUGCUGAAGCUGUAGAGGGAGUCCAUGUGCAUAGAGGAGAGGAGGACGAGAGCGAAACAGUGACUCUUAUUGCUCCCAGUGAGCAUGUUAAGCCAGGAGAGACUGUUACUCUUAUCUCACACAGCACAGAAGGAAUGGAAGGUGAGACGAUGACGGUGGUCACCCACAGUGGACAGGCCGGAGCCAGUGAGUCCCUUGCUGUGGUGUCCGCCUGCCUUGCCAUGGAGCAACCGCAGACAGCUGAAGGUGAAGCGUCCGUAAUUGACGUUGACCUAAACGAAACAAACCCCCCAGACGUCACUAAAGUGGAAUCCGUAGCUGCUGAAACAUCCGUAUUGCCACCAAACACACCAGAUGUAGCACCCGCGCCUCAAAAACGCAAACGCGGUCGGCCGGCCAAGGUGAAGAAGCCGGUGGAGAUGGAAGAGGUUGUACCACUCGCAGAAGAGGAAGGUCCUGCCUUUGAUGAAAGCCUUGCAGACAAGCAGGAAAUGGCAUCAGAUGACCCAAACAGAAGACGACUUCGGCAGCGUUCCAUUGGUGAGGGAGGUUAUGUCCGUCUUCAUAUGGGACUGGAGAACGAAGAGGAGGCAAAGAUGGGCACGAGCCCUUUACGAACCGCACCUGCAAAGGUUGGCACCAAGCCUGGAAAGAGAGGAAGACCACCAAAGCAACCCGUGGAAGUACUUUGCUCCGAAUCAGGAGCAGAAGCUGAGACCAUCAUGACGGAAGACCCAGCAGCAGCAGGAGAUGUGACGGUUGAAGAUGAUGUAGUAAAGCCGGAUAAGAGCCCUGAUGACUCCCCAGCAGAAGACGCUAGCGCUGAAGGCAAGCACACCUGCUCAGAGUGUGGCAUGUCCUUCCAACGACGCUACUCCCUCAUUAUGCAUUCGCUAAAACAUGAGAAAUCUCGUGGCUACCAAUGUAGCCUUUGCAGUAAGGAGUUCCAGUAUGCUGCCUCACUCCGCGCCCACCUGGCUCGACAUAAGCAGCAGAGCAUCCAUCGAGCUCCGAUCGGCAAACCCUCAGUGGGUCUGAACUCCGAGGGGAAGGCGGGCCACCUGGAAGACAAGAAAUCGUCAGCGCACACCAGGAGAGAGUUUGUGUGUGACAUCUGUGGAAAGACCUUACCAAAGCUGUACUCCCUGAGGAUCCACAUGUUAAGUCACACAGGUGUACGCCCCCACUCCUGUAAGGUCUGUGGAAAAACCUUCACCCACAAACACAGCCUGAAGAUGCACAGGGCACUGCACGAUGUCACCAAACAGUUCCAGUGUAAACUGUGUCAGAAGUACUUCGUGAGCAAGAGAAACAUGGAGGAACACACCAGUCUUCACACAGGUGAAUCUAAGUACCUCUGCAACACGUGUGGAGCAACUUUCCAUCGAGCCUCGGCUCUGAGCAAACACAUGAAGAAGCACCAGCCCAAACCAGACGUCCGUCCGUUUGGCUGCGCUCAUUGCGAUAAGAGAUUCUUUGAACUGAAAGAUCUCCAGCAGCACAUGAACAAACACAUGGGCCUGAAGCCUUUCCAGUGUCAGGUGUGUGGGAGGUGCUACAGCUGGAAGAAGGACUGGUACUCACACGUGAAGUCCCACAGUGUUGCUGAGCCUUUCAAGUGUAACGUGUGCGUGAAAGAGUUCUAUGAGAAGGCCUUGUUCAGGAGACACAUGAAGAAGGCCACACAUGGGAAGAAGGGCCGAGUCAAACAGAACCUGGAGAGAGAGUGUGAGCAGUGUGGAAGAAAAUUUACCCAGCUGCGAGAGUACAGGCGCCACAUCAACAACCACCAGGGAGUGAAGCCAUUUGAAUGUCUAACUUGUGGCGUGGCGUGGGCCGACGCCCGCUCUCUGAAACGUCACGUCCGUACGCACACAGGAGAGAGGCCCUACGUUUGCCCUGUGUGCCAGGAUGCUCACAUUGACGCACGUACGCUGCGCAAACACAUGGCCAAGUACCACAGCGACAGCCUGCCCAGCAAGAUAAUGCUGGAUAAAGACACACUACAGUUUCACAACCAGGGCACGCAGGUGGAGCACGCCGUCAGCAUCCUGGCAUCUGACCUGCCUCCUGAGCUCCGACCUGCCCAGCAACCUCUCUCAGAGGAAAUAGAGACAGUGCUGAUCACAGACGAGACCGUGGAAGCCGUGGAGGCCGUCCAGGCCGUUGGCGACGGCUCAAUGUCCACACUGUCGGAUCAGGGCAUCAUGCAAGUCGUGAACUAUGUCCUCGCCCAACAGGCAAUUACGGGACCCAAGCUCGACGAAACACCUGAGGUGAUUCAGACCAUGGAGGUGGAGGUGUCUCAUGUAGCUGAAGUUGAAUAACUUUGUAGCAACACUGUAGUCGCUUUGACAGAUCGCUGUUUGCUACAGACUGAAAAUAUGUCAAAAUAUGCUUAUUUUUCUGAACCUGUACAUAAUGUAAGCAAACCACGACCUUUAAUUCAUGCAAAACUGUAUGUUUGAUUGGGUGCUUGUUCACAAUUCCAUUUGUUUUUGUGUAAAUAUAUAUGCGAUAAAGUCAUGAAUAAACCACCAAGUGGCCAAACAAAGGUAAAACAA